CGAGUUGGGGGAAGGAGGAGGGGCGAGGUGACGCAGGCGUAAUAAUAGAGAAGGUGCCAGAAAGAUCCAAAACAAGUGGCUGCGGCCGUCGCCCAGGAGUCCUCAGACGCCGGAAUCUGGCCCUGGUGCCACCCACCCCUCCCGGACAUGGCGCUGUCCGGGUUGACCCCCGCCCCGAGCUGGGAGGAGGAUGAAUGCCUGGACUACUACGGGAUGCUGUCGCUUCACCGUAUGUUCGAGGUGGUGGGCGGGCAGCUGACCGAGUGCGAGCUGGAGCUUCUGGCCUUCCUGCUCGACGAGGCCCCCGGCGCGGCCGGCGGUCUGGCCCGCGCCCGAAGCGGCCUGGAGCUGCUGCUGGAGCUGGAGCGCCGCGGACAGUGCGACGAGAGCAACCUUCGCCUGCUGGGGCAACUCCUGCGCGUCCUGGCGCGCCACGACCUGCUGCCGCACCUGGCGCGCAAGAGGCGCCGGCCAGUGUCUCCAGAACGCUACAACUAUGGCACCGCCUCUGGCUCUUCUUCUAAAAGGACUGAAGGUAGCCGUCGUCGCCGUCGCCAGUCCAGUGGUACCUCAGAGGUUCAGCAGGGUCAGUGGGAGACAGGCUCCCCACCGACCAAGCGGCAGCGGCGGAGUCGGGGCCGGCCCAGUGGUGGUGCCAGACGGCGGCGGAGAGGGACCCCAACCACCCCCCAGCAGCAGCAGCAGCAAGAGCCAGCCAGACCUGCCUCAGAAGGCAAAGUGACCUGUGACAUCCGGCUCAGGGUGCGAGCAGAGUACUGUGAGCACGGGCCUGCCUUGGAGCAGGGCGUGGCAUCCCGGCGGCCCCAGGCGCUGGCACGGCAGCUGGACGUGUUUGGGCAGGCCACCGCAGUGCUGCGCUCACGAGACCUGGGCUCCGUGGUUUGCGACAUCAAGUUCUCAGAGCUCUCCUAUCUGGACGCCUUCUGGGGCGACUACCUGAGUGGUGCCCUGCUGCAGGCCCUGCGGGGCGUGUUCCUGACUGAGGCCCUUCGUGAGGCCGUGGGCCGGGAGGCUGUCCGCCUGCUGGUCAGUGUGGACGAGGCCGACUACGAGGCCGGCCGGCGCCGCCUGCUGCUGAUGGAGGGAGGGGGACGGCGCCCGACUGAGGCCUCCUGAUCCUGGAACGGGGAGGACUAAACCCACCUCCUAGCCUCUGGGCUAUUUCCUCCCCCAGAGGACAUCCAUCUCUGCCCCUAGAGGACUGUCACUCCAGCAGCUCUGAGGACUGGGACAGAUGGCCUGGCUCCUUGACAGACUCUCCCACAGGAUGUGGGCUCUGAGGCCUAAACCACUUCCACCUGAGUUUCCUUCCCAACCUCCUCCCCACCCUACCCUCUGGUGUGUACCCCCAGCUUCAGGAGGCCAGGGACUCAGGCAUGCAGAUCAGAAAGGGAGGGAGGCAUAGCUACACAUUCACCAAAGGCCCCCUGCACACAGUGUCCCUGCCUCUGGGCUGUGCACGAACAUGCACACUGCCCCUCUGGAAUCUCACCUGGGCUCCUGCCCUGGCCACCACACAUGUCUUUGGCCCAAGGGCUUCUCUCUCAGGAUCUCUGAUUUUACUGCCCCCAAUCCUGGACCUCAGCUACGCUGGGCACUGGGGCUUGGGUGUACACGGGGCCUGCUCACCUUGCCCACACAUCUCUACAGCCAGCCAGGGCUCUGCCCAGCUUCCAUACACAGACCUGGCUCUCCACAUUUUCCUGCUGCCCAUGGUUGGAUGCAGACUUGCACAAGGACCUGCACUUGGAAUGUCACACAUGCAUCACAGCAGUAUCAGACCAAGUGUGUUGUCACCCAUGGGGCCAGGAUCAGCAACUUCCUUCUCAGAAAGGGAAGGCAAAGGCUUGGGGCUGAUGGGAAAGGCCUUUUACAAAUGGCACCAAUAAAACUGCCCUGGAUUGGGGCUUAGGGUGGGCA